CUCCGCCCCAGCGACCGGAGCGCUCUCCCGCUGCCGGCGUACCCCCCAGCCCAGGCAAGUCUCGCCGCCGCUGCCCCGCGCGGGGUCCCGGGCCCGCUGCGGAACGGAUAGUAAUCAAGAGGCCUUGCUGAAAUCUUACACUCGGCUCAGCUCUGCAGUUUGGAGUUGAAUUUCCUCUUGUGCAGCACAGUUACAGUACCUCGGAGGAAAGGGGAAGCUAAACUAAAAAUGGAGUCCUUUUGUUGUAGUAGUCACUGGAUGGGGUAAAGACAGGCAAAACAUCAUCUGGAGCUUAUCAUGGCUGCAGGAGUGGCAUGAAUUGAGUCUGAACUGAAGCAGGUCUAACACUUGGUUGGUGCCCAGGAAACUUCAAAUUUCUGCUGAUCAGAAUGGUGUUGCUGACUUUUGCCUUGAGUAAACAGAACUGUGGACUGAAGUGUUUUAGGCCCGUGUAUGCCUUUGUGGUUAACUACCUCCUAUUGCCAGUCACAGACUAUUAGUUCUGGGGGAAACUUAUUAACUGACUCCUGUGUCUAUAUUAAUGCCUAGCUCAGUGGCUUAUUGGUAUCUCUUGCCUCUCCUCCCCUCUGGGGUAAGGUUCACCCAGCAAUUUUGUUUGAGUAAACGUCUAUGAGUUUAAAGUAAUGCAUCACAUUCUUGAUUCAGUGUGGUGUGAUGUGCUGCAAGCUGGUACCUUAAGGAAAAUAGUUCUGAGAAGAAGACUUGAAAUAUGUCUGAUCCCAUUUGUUAUAUUUUCUCUUCUAUUUUUCAUCCUUUGAAACAAAAGAAGAGUCAAGUUAGUAGGCAUGUAUUUUUCAGGAGUCAGCUAUGUGGAGUCAGGACAUGUCAGCAUUAAAAGAUGGUAAAUUGUAAGAUACUUAACAUUGUAUGUAUUUAGCAAAGGUGAGGUUUUGCCUGUAAAAUUCACUGGAUGCAUUGCUAGCAUUCUAUUUAAUCUGUAUUUAAGAGUGUACAAGUCAUUAGUGACCUAAGGGAUUAACUUGAAGUACACAUGUGUUUGUAAAAAUUCAGCAAUGUGCAAAACUUGUGUCCCUUUGAGAGCUGGCAAAAAAACCUUCUCAAACCUUACAUCUGAUUAUUAACAUUGGAGUAAGAGUUUUGCAUAGCAUGUAAAAUACACUCAAAUUGUCAGUACUUUAGAUUCACAUAGCACCUAUGUGAACCCCUGUGCAAUUAAUGUGGUGAUAAUUAAAAAAAAAAACCCAGAAAUUAUUUAUAAGGAAUUCUAGUAAAAUUAGUUAGAAGUUAGGUCAGAAACAGGUCAGAGGUGUUGUGAUACAGUUAUGUGGAUUUUUACAGAAAUUGGGCAGUGUGUUGAAUUUAGUUUUUAAUGCACGUAUAAGAAACUUCAAGAUAGUGUUCCAACUUGUAAAAAUAAAUUCAUAAAUAGUGUGGAAUGAGAAACAGAGGUUUUUAAACUGUACUUGGUUUUAAUUAGUGAUUUUUUUUUUUAUUGAAAACUAUAUUGAAUUUAACACUUAAACUACAAUUUCUGUUGGCUUCUGUAUUCCAAAGAUUCCCAAGGCUAAAGGCAAUUGCUGCAUUUUGUUAAUUUUAUGCCCCCUUCCCUUCCUUCCCGAAAUUUCUAUGCUGCUUGGUGUAAUAAGCAUCAGGAAUGCUGCUUGUGCUUUUUGUGAACUGCGUAUGUUUCAUUUUACAUAUUGGUGAGCUUCACAGGAUGUGUUCUGUGAGUUUUGCAGCUAAGUAGCAAGUUUUAUCAUAGUAUGCUUUGUUGUCUUUGUCCUGGGUCAGCUGUCACAAGGAAGUUUUGACUAACUUACCUUUUUCUUUUUUUUUUCAAGCUGUACUGAAAUAGCUUGUGAGUUGGUUUCUUUUGUGUGUUUAAAAUAGUAGAAAAUGUGUUUGACUUCACAUAUCUGUUGCCUUUGUUAGGAGCAAGUAAUUGUACUUCAGGUGAAAGCUUACAAUUGUAAAAGCAUAGGAGAAAAGUAAAAUAUGAAAAGAUACUUCUCUGCAGCACAAGAAGGGAUUUUUCAGGAAAAGAUCUAUUUCUUUAACUUCCUAGGGUGUUUUUUGUUUGACAAAUAACUUUCCACUUGAGUAGCAUUUUUGCUUACCUUUAGCUGUACAGUCCAGAGUUAGAGCAUCAUAGUUGCUUUUGGUCUGCUUUCAUUAAUCAAGAUAUCUAAAAAGCAAAACAAUAUCACUGUCUACCUAAUGUCACCUUUUCCAGCCAGGGGCAGUACAUCGAGUAAGGUGCAACCUUUAACGGCCCUUCCCCACUAACUGCUCAGUUCAGAUGUGUCAGAGUCCCAUCCUUGAGAGAAGGCUCUCAGUUUUUCUCUCCUACUUCACACGGUGUCAUGCUGUGUACCAGACCUUUUCUGGUUUUGCCUUGAGAUUCUGCAUGAUGACUGUUAAUAAAGGUGAAACAAUUGUUGGGUGUCAUCAGUAGAAAAUCUUGUGAUACUUUAAUAACUUUAGCUGUCAGAUAAUACCAAGGACGUAAAAUUACAAAAUACCUGAAAAGUUAAUUCUGUUUUAGUAUAGCAACUGUGUAGAAAAUAGCACGUUAUUUAUGGGAAAGCAAUUUCAUGUGAAAGUAGUAAAGCCGGUUUUUGAUAGGAAUUAUUCUUGCUUUAUUGUAUUUAUAACUUACAAAAGCUUUAUUAUAGCCUUUUGCCGUUUGGUUUCUGUUUCUGCCUGCGCUCCAGUGGGGUGCAGAGAGUCGGUCAAGUUCGCCAUCUGCUGGUGCAGGGUGGUGCAUGCACUCUGCGGGCGGGGCGCGGAGUGCUGUUUCUCUUUCUCAGAUGCAGUAGCUGCAUUAGUUUUCCAGAAAGUCAGUUCUUACAUUUACUUUUUAGUUAAAAUUAUUUCCAAAGAUACCCCAAGACCAUCAUGAACUGCUUAGGAUAAAGGGAUGGCAAAAACUAUGCUUUAGUCACUAUAGAUUAUUUAACUUACUGUCAUUUCAUUCAGUAGUUCAUUGAACUUUUAGGUGUGAUGCAAGUACAGACAAACGAGCAGGGCUGGAAUAUUUUUACAAAUUAUAUUUUAAUUCAAAAAUAUAAAAGUCCUCCCUCAAGUUCCACACUUUUGUCUAAACUGUCCCUUAAUUUUUUUACAAAUAGAAAGGGAUGUUCCUGUAUAAUUAAAAACACACACAGGCCUGCUUACUCUGCUGUAGAACAUUAGGAUGUUGAAGUGUGUUUUCUUUACUUCCAUCAAAGGUUUUUUUGCUGGUUGAUAAUUGUACCUGGUGACUUUCUGCCUCUCCCCACUGCUGCAGAAGGUCAGGGAGAGCUGGUUUUGGCUCAGACAGAAGCACACAGUGAACAGUGGUGAACAGUCAUCGCUUCACCCAUGAUUUUACUAGGGCUGUAGCAGCCCUGAACAUUCCCCACCUUCCCCACUUCAUUUUGAAGUAUGUUUGUAGUUAAGGAGAAGCAUUGUGACUAUUGUCUGGUAACUUUGAGCUUGCUUGAAAUUUUAAACCUAGCUAUAUAAUCUUAGCACUGGUACUAUACGGUUAUUCAUCUUUAUUAGUGACUUGGUGUUUUAUGUUAAUAAUGCAAAGCAAGGAUAAGGAAACACUUGUGUCAGAAUUUUAAAUGGCAAUGAAGUUUCCUUUUUAAGAAGACUGUUUGAUGGCCAUCUAGGCAGGGGAGGGAUAAGAGUUGUACAGCUUUUGGUGUUGGAUACUGUAGAAAUUUUUCUUCUAAGGAAGAAGGAAAUGGCAGGCCAAAACAGAUUUCAAAGAUUAAUGUUGGCUUUCCUUUAUUUAGGAUUAUGUGCAUCUUUAUAUAUGCCCUUUCUGAUCAGAACUGAUCCUUAACAAUUUUAGUACACUUUUGAUUCUGAGUUUGGUGUUCAGAAAAGUGAAUGUACUCAUUGGACUACAGUCCAGUACUGUUGCAGCACAAACUAGUAGACUGCAACAAGGCUUUACCAAUGGUCAAAUUCUGUCUGUGCUGUGUCUUCUUCCUCCAGAAGUCAAACCAUGCUGCUGCUCCUCCAGCUGACCCCCUUUCCCACAAUCCUCAGGGCUAUUUAACCACAUUAUACUUUUCAUGCCAGUCCCUCUGCUGCCUUCUCAGAGUCUCCUCAUCCAGGGCAUGCUCUUUCUUCUCUCUGCUUCUUCCUCCUCUCUCUUCCUUGGCUGCCAAACCUCUUAACAGAACCAGCCACACCUGCCCCUUGUCUACAUCAGCCAACCCACCGCCCCUGAAGCCAGCCCACAGCUGUAUGUUAUCAAUGUUAAUUAACCCAGCUUCAUUCCUCUACAGUUCCCCCUUUUUUUUCCUUAACAUUUCAUGCCUUAUGUUUUUAGCAAUCAUCACAACCUUUAUACAAAUAAACUUUUCUUACAGUCCGGACAACUUGUCCCUGAACUGUUUUUUUCUUCUUAACAUUUCAUGCCUUAUGUAUUUAACAUUCAUCACAACUUUUUCACAAAUAAACUUCUCAUACAGUCUAGACAAUUUGUCCCUGAACUCAUACACGUAUCCCUUCUUAUACAGCACUAAUACAUUACUCUGUGUCCCAACAAACUUCUCAACGUCCUUGUGGUCGCUCAUUUCGUCUACAACUGGAGACACAUUCAACGAGCACAUGAACACUGGCAAGAAUACCACCAGGCUGAGCAGCAGCAGCAGGAACGGCGGGAGCCAUCCGCGGCAUCGCACUGCUCCCACGCCUUCCCCCGGCACAGCCAUCACCGCUGGCUGGCUGGACCCGCUCUGGACCUGCCACCGCUGCGGGCUGCUGCCAUGUCUGGCCAUGUACUCUGCUGCUGUCGCCUGUUACCCUCAGUCUCUUAACUCCAUGGCUAUCAGGCUUCCUUCUCUUUGAUCCCAACAGCUCACCUCUGCCGGUGUCUGAUCUGGAUCCCCAGGCUCUUCCCACCUAUCUCAAUGUGAUCUGGAUCACAGGCUGUCCCCCCCGCCUGUCUCUGCUACAUUGGGCACCGCUGUCACUGCCCAAAACUUCAAAUGUCCCCUGGCACAGCCAUUAUUGUUGUCACCGCUCGUUACACUGUCUCACAAGCUAAAGGUCCUGAGGUCAAGCCUCACACAGGGCACCAAUUGCCUCAGCACUCUCCAACCUAGCCAGCUGCAACAAGGUCUUUUACCAUCACAUACCAGCACACUCUUCAUGCCAGUCCCUCUGCUGCCUUCUCCUAGUCCCUCCUCUUCCAGGGCAUAUGUUCUUUCUCCUCUCUCUUCAUUGGCUCUCAACCACUUAACAGAAGCAGCCACACCUGCCGCUUGCCUACAUCAGCCAACCCACCGCCCCUGAAGCCAGCCCACAGCUGUAUGUUAUCAAUGAUAAUUAACCCAGCUUCAUUCUUCUACACAGCACGUGAUUGUAUUUGCAUUCACAAGGAUGCUUUUCUUCAGAAUCAUUGCAGUUUCUAGUUUAAUCCUUCAGGAAAAUGAUUCAAACUCCAGAAGUCUUUGUUUAAUGUUGCAAUGGGCAAAUACAAACACACCAAACCUGAAGUUGCUUGUAGUUUCUGGAUGUUUCCAUUUAUUUUAUGGGAAGAUUUAUUAGUACGGUUUUGAUAGAGGCCUGUUAAACAUGUGGAAGAGGAUUCAUUAGUGCUGUAAGAAGGUUCUUCAUUUGAAGUAUUUAACCAUAAAAAUUGUGUUGCUGUGAUUACCACAAUGUAAACUUAGGAACUGCUUCAUUCUGAUAGCUUAAAUGACCUUGGGCAUCUGGAUUGUGUUUGUGAAUUCCUGACACAUGAAUUUGCACAAAAGCGUAUAUAAAAUAGGCAUGUGCUGAGCUGAAGAGGCAGGUGAAAUUUUUUUUUGAGAAAUGAUAUUCAGCAAUGCAGUUUAGUGUUGAGUGUGUCUUUGGGAUUGUUUUUUGGGUUUUGUUUGUUUUCUUUAAGUAGGUUACCUAGGAUGUGCAAGAUUAAUGAUAGUCUUUUUCUUAUUUUGGCUAAGCUGCCUUUGUAAUUUAUGUUAAUGAGCUCACUGUGGGUACUCUAUUCAUCUAGAAGUGCUGGAUUAAACUUCUGUGUGUUCCUUUCUUCCAGUCUUCUAUUGCCAUUUUAUUGGUAAUUCAUGCAACAUUAAUGGUUUUAACAUCUGGAUUUUAUGAGUUUAGUGAUUAGUAACUGCAGAUAAAGUAAAGAUCUGAAGGAAUUAUUUCAAAGCAAAUAGGCUGUGUAGAAUUCAUGAAACUUGGUAGUCACUUCAGAGCUGGCAAGCUGUUGAAAACUUCUAGAUACUUAAGGAAUUUAUACACCUGCAGUGAAUAGGGCAGGCGGCAUUAGGAGGAGUUCAGAUACUUAGAGGGGUUUGCUGUGCUGGAUCUAGAACAGAAGAAUGUGUGGUUGCAUAUGUACUAGUAUUCUAGUUCAGCUGCAAAGUGAUCAUCUGAGAAACAUCUCCUGGAUAUUACCACUUGCCUGACUCCAUAUCCCACUGCAGGGUGACUUCAGAGCAUGUAAAUUUCAUAUGAAGCUAAGUUGGUACAUGCCCCAGCUCCUGUAGCGCAUUAGUUCUCAGGAUGGGACUAGAGCUACUCCAAAGGUAGUUGCUGUCCUGUCUGUGUCC